AUGCAGCACAACGACGGAGGAGCAGCGGCAGCGGCCAAUACGGACGCCGCUCCCACGAAGCGGACGCGUCGGCCUAGCGUUAGACUGCAUGAGCCAUAUUACGAGAAUCUCCCUGGCCAACGCAAGCUGCAUCGUCAACUGAACCCUAUCAAGAAACUUUCCGAAGGAGUCAAGAAACCCAGAAGUGUGAGGACCCAGCUCGCGAAGAACCAGAAGAAUGAUGGCCCAAUUAAUGCCGGUACAGGUGAGAAAUUGGGGAAUUUCAAUUGCGAUGAUGAUGUGGCUAUUGGGAAUUGGAGGAAUUUCAACACCUCCAAUCGGGAUAGGGAUUUCAAACGGAAGCGGGUUAGGCCCUCCGAUUCCGAGAAAUUUGUUUCCCGAAAAUCUCGCAGAGUGGGAGUUGAGGAAAAUCAGAAUUUCCAAUUGUCUAGUGAUGGUGAGAGUGAAAAACAAGGAGAAGAAGAGGAGGAGGAGGAGGUAGAAGAAGAAGAAGAGGAAGAAGAAAAUGGUGAAGAUACCAAUAACAAUUUGGUAGUAGAAAACACUGACCUGUCUACCCCUAAUUCAUCUUCUGGUGGUCACGAUGAUGGAUAUGAUAAUUUGAGUGGUGAUGACAACAAUGUGAAUAACAAAAAGGGAUUCAAGAGGAGGGGUUACAAGAAUAGUUUGGAUUCAACUGAAAUAGCAAGGGGUGUUAGGACUACAGAAGGGGAAAGGAAUGUGAAUGGUGUGAGGGCAUGGUUAACUGAACUAGGGUUACAAAAGUACACUCCCUUGUUUGAGAUCCAUGAGGUGGAUGAUGAGGUGUUAGCACUCUUGACUCUCGAUGAUCUCAAGGAUAUGGGGAUUAGUGCAGUCGGGUCACGGAGGAAAAUGUAUUCUUCCAUCCAGAAGCUGGUUAAACGGGGUUCGUGA